GCAUGCAUCUUGAUUACCACCCAUUCUUUCAUAAUUUAUCUCGUUAAGUUAAUUGAUCUCAUUCUGAAAUCAAAGUACAAAAAUUGUAAUUAGAUACGUAAAAUGAUUAGGUUUGACUGAUUUUAAGACUAAUGUUUGUUUUGUUUUUGUAUUUAUUAAAAAAAUUAUGAUCUAUUUCUAAUUUUUCAUUUGUAUCCCUCAAUUACUUAAUAAACGUUUUGUAUAACUAAACAAGUUAGUUUUAUUAAAUAGCCAUGUGCUAUAAGAUAGGGCAAAUUAUAAAAAUUCCGUGUCAUUUAAAAGUAGCUUUGUGUUCUUCAGGCACAUGACGACUAUUUAUGACACAUUAAAUUAACGCUAUGUGUAAAUUUUAUACAUUUCGUUUUUUAGAAAACUUACUUUACAUGUCAUUUUAAUGAUAAUGAUCUUAAACUAUGUUAAUAGAUUAUUAAAUUUAUCAGACAAAAAUAAUUUAUCUUAUCUCGAAUAUAUCCAGAGUAAACUAGUUUUUUGUUGUUCCUGAAAAGUAGCUCCAAUACACAUAGCGAUUUGUGAACGCACAGCGACGAUAUAUACUUCAGGGUACCGAUAUUUUUUGCGUUCCUUAAUUCUUACUUUCCUGCCGUUAGAGGAAUUUGAAAAUACUACUUAAGAAACAUCUACACUUAGCGAGCUACUAGAAUACUACUAUCCUUAGAGGACGAAGUUAACUACCUACAUAAUUCCUUAUAAAUAUAUAUUUUGGUUGAGUUAGUGAUGCGACUCGAGUCACUCGAGGCAAUUAACAAGAUGUUUUUUUCAACAUUUUUUAAUCCCAGCUCCCCCUCGGUGAGACAUGGCGAGGCUUAAGACAAAAUCACGUGUAUUUUUUAGUACUUGCAAAAAGUCUUUAUUUUUGAUGUCGGUUUUCGAUUUAGUAAAUGAGCGUUUGAGGAAAAAAUUAAUACACGUGAUAUGUUACUACAACUCCCAUCCCCGAUUGUGAUAUUUCAUGAUUUUUGAGGAAUCCCCUCACCCCCUUUCGAGCAUCACGUGAUUAAUGGACGGCCCCACUAGAGUUUUCUUAAGUAAAAGAAAAUAAAAGUUUUAGUAAUUUUAAAUAAAUAAUUACAUAAUAUAAAUAUAAAUAAAAUACAAGUGUGCAUAGAGACAAUACCUAUAUUAUGAUAGUUUGAAAAAUCACUUAAGGACUCAAAAGUAAAACCAGGGACUCGAGUCGCAUCACUAAACUGCUUCAGUUUGUUUCUGUCCAGUGUCACCUUCUUGGUCUGUGCUUCCGUCCGAGCUUUCGCGAUAAAUACGUUUGUUUAUUUGCUUAUUGAGAAGUCUGUGUUAUUGAGAUAACAAAUUGUUAGUGGGCUUAUAGCUACGUGAUAUCUUAUAUAAACGUCUGACACGACUGCCUCUAAAGAUAAUUAUCUCUUAAUUUAGUUUAUCGUUCAUGAUGGACUUAAAUGUUGUUGAUUUUAGCAAAAUAUGUCGUGCUUGUUUGUCAGAUUCUGGCCCUUUCAAAGAUUUGUUUCUAGUCUGCACUCCCAAAAUGUAUAAAUAUUGUACAUCCGUUAAAGUAUCAAGAAAAGAUGAACUUCCUAAACAAAUAUGUCAAAAGUGUCUUGAAAUGCUUAAUAAACUAUUCUUCUUCAAAGAAGUGGCUAUUAAAUCGAAUUCUAUCCUGCAACAGCAAGUAUUACAGGAUUUGCAGUGUUGUUGGUUAGUAGUCAAGUCAUAUUUUAUAGAUUUAGAAGUUACUUUGCAGUCUAAACAAAAACAAACACAUGAAAUAGAAGAAAACACAAAUGAAGACAUUGUGCAGAUAAGCCCUGAUGGUGAACAUAAUUUAGUGAGCAAAGAUGCUGAUAUUGGUUAUUGUGAAACUGAAAAAUCUAGAAAGACACGCACGCAACGAUCUGCAAGAGAGAACACUAAAUUAAAAUGUCUUAAAUGUAAAAGAUCAUUCCAGACAUAUGAAAACUUUGAAGUGCACAUGAGAAGUCAUUUUGGCAUUAAGUCGGAAUCGAAAUGUGGCGUUUGCGGUAAGACGUUCAGCUCACUCAAGAACCUGAGCAUCCACUCGCGGAUCCACUCGGGGCUGCGCAAGUACCAGUGCCGCUGGUGCGGGAAACGGUUCACUUACCUCAACGUACUCAAGAACCACGAGAUGCUCCACACCGGCGACAAGAAAUAUGCUUGCAACCUCUGCGACGCCGCCUUCGUGCAACAAUAUAAUUUAAAGAGUGAUCUGAAGAAACAUAUGAUGUCACACUCGACAGAGAAACCGUUUUCUUGUGAUCAGUGUGACAAAACAUUUAAGAAUAAGACCUUUCAAGUGAUACAUAUGAGAAGUCAUACUGGUGAACGUCCGUACUGUUGCGAUUUUUGCCCGAAGGCAUUCCGGUCGUGGAGGGACUGUCGCAACCACGAGAUGAUCCACACAGGCGAGCGGCCCUACUCGUGCCCGUUGUGUGAACACGCCUUUAUACAACGGUGCGCUCUAAACAGACAUCUGAAGGGACACGCUAGGCGCGAAGAACAAUACCCAGUUCACAAUGAACAGACAGUAAAACACAUAAACAGCGGCUAGAUAAUACAAGUGAACAUGUUCUAAGUGUAUCUUUGUUAAUGGAAGAGUUAUCUUAUAAUGAAAGAUGGCAAGUUUUCUUAGAACAAUAAAGAA